AGCCAAAGAUGCACCUAGUGUGGAACUCCGGCUGUUAACAGAGGUUUGAUAGCCGUGACGGCGUCAAGCCACACAGGUGACGCCUACUCUUGGGGUGAGGGGUAGGCGCGGAGACCACAGAGGGUCAGAGCUUACUGAGGAAGCCAGCAGGAACCCUCCAGGGCACCCGCCUCACUGUCAGGCGUGCCCGCCCUCUGGGUGCGGGAACCAGGAAGCGGGGGUCAGAGCCCCUCGGGAGGGAGCGGCAAGUGGGGAGGGCAGCCCCUCCCUGGGGCCAGAACCCACUUCCUACUUCACCGCACCGCUCGGAGGCGGCCCGGAGGGCUGAGCCUGCUCGGAGCACCCUUCCUUCCACCCUUCUGCACAGGAAGGCCGGGGGAACCUGGCCUGGGUGCCUCCCGCUAGCAGGAUGGACGAGGAAGGGCCGGAUUGCGGCAAACCCGACUUUGUGCUUUUGGACCAAGUGACCAUGGAGGACUUCAUGGAGAACCUCAAGCUCAGGUUCGAGAAGGGCCGCAUCUACACCUACAUCGGCGAGGUGCUGGUGUCCGUGAACCCCUACCAGGAGCUGCCCCUAUAUGGGCCUGAGGCCAUCGCCAAGUACCAGGGCCGCGAGCUCUAUGAGCGGCCACCACACCUCUACGCCGUGGCCAAUGCCGUGUACGGGGCAAUGAAGCGCCGCUCCAGAGACACCUGCAUUGUCAUUUCAGGGGAGAGUGGGGCAGGGAAGACAGAAGCCAGCAAGCACAUCAUGCAGUACAUCGCCGCUGUCACCAACCCCAGCCAGAGGGCCGAGGUGGACAGGGUCAAGGACGUGUUGCUCAAGUCCACGUGCGUGCUGGAGGCCUUCGGGAACGCACGCACCAACCGCAACCACAACUCCAGCCGAUUCGGCAAGUACAUGGACAUCAACUUCGACUUUAAAGGAGACCCCAUCGGGGGGCACAUUCACAGCUACCUGCUGGAGAAGUCUCGAGUCCUCAAGCAGCACGUGGGCGAACGGAACUUCCAUGCCUUCUACCAGGUGCUGCGGGGCUGUGAGGACGCAGAGCUGCGGAACCUGCACCUGCAGAGGAACCCCGCCGUGUACAACUUCACCCGGCAGGGCGCAGGGCUCAGUGCCUUGGAGAGUGAUGAGAGGAGCCACUACCUGGCAGUGAUGGAAGCCAUGCGGGUGAUCGGCUUCAGUGCUGAGGAAGUGGGCUCUGUGCACCGGAUUCUGGCAGCCAUACUGCACCUGGGAAACAUCGAGUUUGUGGAGACAGAGGGGGCCGGGCCGGAGCAGGGGCACCUGGCCGUGGCUGAGGAGCUGCUGGUGGACCAUGUGGCUGAGCUGACAGCCACGCCCCGGGACUUGGUGCUGCGCUGCCUGCUGUCUCGCACGGUGGCCUCAGGAGGCAGGGAACUCAUUGAGAAGGGCCACACUGCAGCUGAGGCCAGCUAUGCCCGGGACGCCUGUGCCAAGGCAGUGUACCAGCGGCUGUUUGAGUGGGUGGUGAACCGGAUCAACGGUGUCAUGGAAACCCGAGGCCGGGAUCCCCGGCGAGACGGCAAGGACACGGUCAUCGGUGUGCUGGACAUCUAUGGCUUUGAGGUGUUCCCUGUCAACAGCUUCGAGCAGUUCUGCAUCAACUAUUGCAACGAGAAGCUGCAGCAGCUCUUCAUCCAGCUCAUCCUGAAGCAGGAGCAGGAGGAGUACGAGCGGGAGGGCAUCACCUGGCAGAGCGUGGACUACUUCAACAACGCCACCAUCGUGGAGCUGGUGGAGCGGCCCCACCGGGGUGUGCUGGCUGUGCUGGACGAGGCCUGCAGCGCCGCAGGCACCAUCACCGACCGCAUCUUCCUGCAGAGCCUGGACACGCACCACCGCCACCACCCCCACUACACCAGCCGCCAGCUCUGCCCCACAGACAAGACCAUGGAGUUUGGCCGAGACUUCCGGAUCAAGCACUAUGCGGGGGACGUCACGUACUCAGUGGAGGGCUUCAUUGACAAGAACAGAGACCACCUCUUCCAAGACUUCAAGCGGCUGAUGUACAACAGCUCGGACCCCACCCUGCGGGCUAUGUGGCCAGACGGGCAGCAGGACAUCACGGAAGUGACCAAGCGCCCCCUGACGGCUGGCACGCUCUUCAAGAACUCCAUGGUGGCUCUGGUGGAAAACCUGGCCUCCAAGGAGCCCUUCUAUGUCCGCUGCAUCAAGCCCAAUGAGGACAAGGUGGCUGCCAGGCUGGACGAGGACCACUGUCGCCACCAGGUCGCGUACCUGGGGCUGCUGGAGAAUGUGCGGGUCCGGAGGGCCGGCUUCGCUUCCCGCCAGCCCUACCCUCGAUUCCUGCUCAGGUACAAGAUGACCUGUGAGUACACGUGGCCCAAUCACCUGCUGGGCUCUGACAGGGCAGCUGUGAGUGCCCUCCUGGAGCAGCAUGGGCUUCAGGGGCAGGUCAGCCUGGCGCAGCGCUGGGCUGAGGGUGGGGGAGGCGUGGCCUGGCCGGGACUGACGGAAGCCCGGCUGGCCCCCCAGGCCUGGCGCGGCACGCUGGCCAGGCGGCGCUGCCGGCGACUGCGGGCCAUCUACACCAUCAUGCGCUGGUUCCGGAGGCACAAGGUGCGCGCUCACCUGGCAGAGCUGCAGCGGCGGUUCCAGGCCGCGAGGCAGCCCCCCCUCUACGGCCGAGACCUCGUCUGGCCGCCGCCCCCUGCGGUGCUGCAGCCAUUCCAGGACACCUGCCAGGCGCUGUUCUGCAGGUGGCGGGCCCGGCAGCUGGUGAAGAACAUCCCACCUUCAGACAUGGCCCAGAUCAAGGCCAAAGUGGCGGCCAUGGGGGUCCUGCAGGAGCUACGGCAGGACUGGGGCUGCCGGCGGGCCUGGGUCAGGGACUACUUGUCCUCUGCCAUGGACAACCCCACAGCCUCGGGCCUGUUCUCUGAACGACUGAAGGCACUCCGUGAGAAGGACAGCUUUGGGGCCGUGCUGUUCUCCAGCCACGUCCGGAAGGUAAAUCGCUUCAACAAGAGCCGGGACCGGGCGCUCCUGCUCACUGACCGGCACGUCUACAAGCUGGACCCCGGCCGGCAGUACCGGGUGAUGCGGGCGGUGCCCCUGGAAGCGGUGACCGGGCUGAGUGUGACCAGCGGGCGGGACCAGCUGGUGGUGCUGCACGCGCGGGGCCAGGACGACCUGGUGGUGUGUCUGCACCGCUCCCGGCCGCCGCUGGACAACCGCGUGGGGGAGCUGGUGGGCGUGCUGGCCGCGUACUGCCAGGGGCAGGGAAGGGCGCUGGAGGUCCGCGUCUCGGACUGCAUCCCCCUGAGCCAGCGCGGGGCCCGGCGCCUCGUCUCCGUGGAGCCCAAGCCCGAGCAGCCAGAGCCGGACUUCCGCUGCAGCCGCGGUGCCUUCACGCUCCUCUGGCCGAGCCGCUGACCUGUCCCGCCGCACCCGGGCCUCCCUCCACGCCAGCCCCGCGCCGGACACCGGUCCGCUGUGCAAUAAAAGGCUCUGUGUCUGUGCCCUGCGA